GGAGGAGGAGGACGCCACGACGACGACGACGGGGAAAAGAAACCAUGAGACGGAAAUGUGAUGAUGACGAUCGAGUGCGAACCAUGCUCGGAGAGCGCUCGUAUCACAACCAGUUCGGAUGAAAAAAAUGAGCGCUGGGAAGAAAAAUAUAUUCACGAAAUUUCCAUCAAUUCAUACUGCGGGCGCGCCGCCCUGAUAGCAAUCUUCCGGGAACGGCCGGCGGGGCUCUCGCCGCACGGCGGGUCUCUUGCUGGCUGCUAUAGAGCCUGCAACGGGAAGAGCAGAACCAGAGGGCCGCGGGACGCCCGCGCCGGAGGAGGAGGAGGACGGGGGAGGGCGAGGGAUGGAGGAGGAUAUGGACGUCAAGAUAAUGCAGGAGCAAAUCGCUUCGCUGUCGCAGUGAACACAAAAAAUGGAGCAGCUGGUGAACAGGCUAGAUCCCUGAUCACUGACAGCAAGGUAAGCAGGCGGGAGCCUUACCAGGCAUGGCUGAUACCUCAGCUGCGGGAGGUGGCCCUCACUGUACGGCGGCAUUUGCGCCCGCAGGACGAAAAAUUGAAGGACCAGAAGGCAUGGCGUGCAGCGCCAGUCCUGUCUAGUGUGCACAUGCCGAGGCGUACACAUAUGUAUAUACCUGUACACACGCAUCUCAGGGUCUAGUCACAGCUGUGCCACGUUUUGCGGUCAUCGUAUCCCCUCUCCUCCAGCGACACCAGACCACACUCGUGCGCGGAUGCCAACUUGGUGGCGCAGAAUAUCGGUGCACAUCGCCGCUUCUCGCUGGCAGGGCGCCGCGUGCUGGCUGAUCUACACGAUGCGCAGGGAUUGCCAAGGGAGGAUGGAACGAGCAAACGUUUGCCAAGUCUUUGUUUUGUCGAUGUAUUGGCACCUGGCACGCUGGAAAGAAAACAUGCAGCAUUAAGACACUGAACGAGGCGCCGCGCUGAUGAUCCCGGACGCGGACCGAGCCACAGCGGGGACGCAGAAAGGCAGGAGGCGCCCAGCAGCCACUAAGCUGGCAGGAGGUGAAGGUGGAGGACGUAGAGGAGGAGGAGGAGGAGGAGGAGGAGGAGGAGGAGGCGAAGGUGGUGGCAAAGCCGUCGCACGAAGCCGACCCAGGGCCGUGCAUCUUGGCGCGCCGCGAGAACAAAUCCAUCAGGGCGGGCUGCAGAGCGCACCCGAGCGCCGAGUGUCGGCCCGUGGCCGCGCAGCCUCGCGCUGCUCCGCCAUAGCUCGAAGGCAAAUGGCAGGCGGCCCUCUUGGGCGGCACUGCGCGCGGCCAGGGAGGCGGGGCCGAAGCCCCCGCGAAAAAGGCGGGGGGGCGCCCCGACAGGGUACAGUCAAACGAAACGUGCACGAAGGACGCGUGGCAAGGACGCAAGACCCUUG